CGAUGGCCACACAUCUUGUCGCCCUGCUGUCCGUCAUCUUCCUCCUAGGAUCGACCAUUGCUCAGAGACAAAGACCACAAGCGACGAGGAAACCUGCGCCAGCAAAGACAGAACCUCAGUACGAUGAUGAUGGUGUGACGGAUCAGUGUCCAGAACCAUUUGGAUUCUUCGCAGACGCCGAACAGUGUGACAAAUACUACGAGUGCAAUGAUGGCGCCAUAACGGAAAAACUCUGUCCAGAUGGAAUGGUGUUCAACGAUUUCAGCCCCGAUCAAGAGAAAUGCGAUCUUCCCUUCAAUCUCGACUGCUCUCAGCGCCCGAAACUGCAGACUCCGCGACCUAGUCUGCACUGUCCGCGCCUUCACGGCUACUUCGGCCACGAAGACAAGGGUGUUUGCGACAAAUUCUACUACUGCGUCGAUGGGAAGUUCAACAUGAUCACUUGUCCGGCUGGUUUGGUGUUCAACCCAAAGACGGGCAUCUGCACUUGGCCGGACGAGGCGCAAAAGGUCGGCUGCUCCAGCGAAGACGUCUUCAAUUUCAACUGCCCGAAAGUGGACGAGAGCGUCGCCCAAACACACCCACGCUAUGCCGACCCAGAGGAUUGCCAGUACUUCUACGUGUGCAUCAAUGGCGAAGUGCCGCGCAGAAAUGGCUGCAAGAUCGGCCAAGUGUUUGACGACACGCAGAAGCGCUGCGAAUGGGCGAGAAAAGUGCCCGAAUGUGCUGAUUGGUACAAAGAUCGCCUCACUGAUGCACAACUCGAUGAACUUGAAAAUCCAAAGCCAGCGUCAACAAGGGCGCCCGGUUCUGCUCCGCCAAGGCGCAAACCCAUGCGAAAACACCACAAACAAGUCACCGAGACUGACGAGUAGCUAAGAAAAUCACUUCUUCCUUGCCUGGGAUGAGAUUAAAGGGCGCGUACAUUGAUAUUAA